AAUUAUAUACGUCAAACGAUAAUGGGAUAGACGUAUAUUCCGCGAGAAGGGCGGGCUUCGAAUCAACACUGAGCAGCGCCGCAACAGAUUGUUUGUAACAGGUUCGUUUUAUGCGAUCAAAUCAUUGUGUUGGAGUUAGUCGAGGGCAGCUCUCAGUGCGGGACAGAAAAAUGGCUGAAAAGGUGGCGGUCGAGGUAAUCUGGCAAAAUGGAAGCGAAACCCUGCUGGACAUCUACACAACGCUACCAUCCAAUAAUACAUAUACAUCUUAUCCAGAUAUGGAGAAUAUAAUUGCAGCUCUUCUCUAUUUGGUUAUUGCUGUCGUUGGGAUAGUGGGAAAUGCAAUGGUUCUACUGGCAGUGACCAUGUCCAGACGUCUACAGACCAGUGCCAACGCCUUUGUGGCAGCCUUAAGUGUAAGUGACUUCAUCACGAGUAUUACCUUACCGAUUCAAAGUGCCGCGUUGCUUGGGAUGUGGUCACGUGUGUUCUUCUUCUUCUGUUCUAUUGCUGCGACUACUUUCUACAUCUUCAUCGGAUCCAACGUCCAUCUCCUGGCCGCCAUUGCAUUCAAUCGAUACAUCCACAUCACCAAACAUGCGCAUAGCUAUAGAAAACAGUUUCAAAAGAGACGGGUAACCCUCGUAAUUAUCCUCUCCUAUACAAUACCACUCUCCUUGACUGGCCUUGCCCAUGCCUUCGGUGGCGCCCAAAGUGGAAUAUGUCCAUCCUACAAAUCAAGCGUGAAUACGUGUACACUCCAAGGCCAAACAUUUGACUUUGUGAUAGCAUCGGUUAUUGUUUUUCUUGUGACCGUCACAUUGGUGUUCUAUAUCUUGAUUUAUGUACACGUUAGGCAUCACUUUAAAGCUGUUGCUGUCAAGAUUUCAUGUGAGGAUGACAUCAGUGUCAUCUACAGAGGUAAUAUAUCUGCGUCUGGAAAACGCUCCUCCAUUUUGCAAUCUAUUAGUGAGGUGUCUGAUGGAAAUGGUGAAGGGGGCAAUCAAGAACUGCCACAGAGGAUCGCCCGCGCCACCCUGCACCCGUCCUCCGCGAAACUAAACCGACCGAGGCGUAUACCAACCCCGGUUGUUCUUGAGAACGCGAAUGAUACCCCAGGAACAUCGAUGGGUAACCCUUUAGACGCCCCCUCCACCUCUUCAUAUAAUCCUGCUGUUCACAAUCGCCUUCGUGAACAAGAACAGAAUGAAUCUCAACAGCGCCUUCAUGCAUGGCCACAACAUGAUCAACAACCUCAAGAACCGAUGGCCCGAUUUCAGAGUUUGAGUGACGGGUCAUCUCAUGAAAGUCAUGAUGAUAAAGCACACAAUGCACACAGACAAUCUUCUGGGGUAGAAUCUCCUGAGAUCGAAGUGUGCUUUAGAGCCAGGUCCACAUCAACCGCACCAUCAAGUUCUCCUCCCCCAACCAACUCAACAAACAUGGUAUUUAUACGACGUCCAAAUACGAGUGAAACACCCAAACGCCGUUUAUUUCGAUUCGGCAAGAAUGAUAUGGAGUCAAAGAUUACGAUUAACAUGUUCUUGGUCGUGGUGGCAUUUCUAGCUUGCCUUAGCCCGACAAUUAUUUUCCUUGUUAUUGUCCAAACCUUUACGAACUCAACAGCAGGAUGCUCUAUAUCAGAAGCGUACGUGUUGAUCAUCCUUAGUGCCAACUGCUGCCUCAACCCAAUUAUUUACGGAUGGCGUCAUCCGCUAUUCCGAAGAGUCUUUCUCUGCAUUUUGCAUGGAAAGUUUCACGAAAUUGAGCGCCCCUCAGCCUGGCUGCGCAGGCUAUUACGCUGA